CCUGCGCCGCGACAGUGCCAACCGCCUGGUGCCCGAGGCCGUGCUGCCCGGCCAGCAGCUCACCUCCGCCUUCGGCUACGCCGUCGCCGUGCUCGACCUCAACAGUGAUGGCUGGAUGGACCUGGUGGUGGGGGCCCCCCACUUUUUCGAGCGCAAGGAGGAGAUCGGGGGGGGCUGCCUACGUCUACAUCAACCCGGCGGGGCGCUGGGAGUCCGCCACCCCCCUCCGCCUCAAUGGCACCCGUGGCUCCAUGUUCGGCAUCGCCCUCAGCGCCGCCGGGGACCUCAACCAGGACGGCUUUGAGGACCUGGCUGUGGGAGCCCCCUUCGACGGUGCCGGCAAAGUCUACAUCUACCAUGGCAGCAACCUUGGCAUCGUGGCAAAGCCGGCACAGGUCCUGGACGGGGAGGGCGUGGGAGUGACAGCCUUCGGGUACUCACUCUCCGGGGGGCUGGACGUGGAUGGGAACCUCUACCCCGACCUGCUCGUCGGCUCCCUCUCCGACACCGUCGUGCUGUACAGGGCGCGGCCAGUCAUCCAUGUCUCCAGGAACGUCUCCCUUCUCCCCCCCAACAUCGAUUUGGAGCAGAGCAACUGCCAGCACCAGGAGGGCGUCUGCGUGGAUGUCCGAGCCUGCUUCAGCUACACGGCCAGUCCCGCCAGCUACAGCCCCCGCCUCGUGCUGGAGUACGUGUUCGAUGCUGACACGGACCGCCGGCGCCUGGGCCAGGCCCCCCGCGUCUCCUUCCUCGGCCGCCGUCCCUCGGACCCUGAGCAUCAGUUCUCCGACACAGUGGAGCUGCCCCGGCAGCACGCCCGCGCCUGCGUCAAAGCCACCUUCCAGCUCCAGGACAGCAUCCGUGACAAGCUGCGCCCCAUCGCCGUCACCCUCGCCUACGGCAUCCAGGGAGCCGGGGCGACGCGGCAGAGCCGGGGGGCCACCCUGCCCCCCCUGUUGCCCGUGCUCAGCCCCCAGCAGCCCAGCAGCCACCGCACCGAGGUGCAUUUCCUGAAGCAAGGCUGCGGGGAUGACAAGAUCUGCCAGAGCAACCUCCAGCUCCGCUUCCAGUUCUGCGCCCGCCUGGGGGACGCCGAUUUCCUGCCCUUGCCCAGGGGCGCGGAUGGCACCGCCAUCUUCGCCAUGAGCGACCAGAAGGACGUGGCCCUGGAGAUCCACGUCACCAACCUGCCCUCGGACCCGGCGGAGCCGCAGCGGGAUGGGGACGAUGCCCACGAGGCCAUGCUCACCGCCACGUUCCCCCCGGAGCUGCCCUACUCCGCCCUGCGCCCCUAUGAUGGCCGGGCGUCCUCGGACAAACCGGUGGUGUGCCUCGCCAACCAGAAUGGCUCGCAGGUGGAGUGCGAGCUGGGGAACCCCAUGAAACGCGGAGCCCAGGUGCGGUUCUUCCUCAUCCUCAGCACCCUGGGCAUCACCAUCCAGACCACGGACCUGGCGGUGGAGCUCGCCCUGUCCACGAUCAGCGAGCAGCCCGGGCUGGAGCCGGUGGUGGCUCGCGCCCGCGUGGUCAUCGAGCUGCCGCUCUCCGUGACGGGCGUGGCCGUACCGCCCCGGCUCUUCUUCGGCGGGGUGGUGCGGGGGGAGAGCGCCGUGCGGCGGGAGAGCCAGGUGGGCAGCGCCGUGCGCUUCGAAGUCACGGUCUCCAACCGGGGCCAGUCGCUGAAGACGCUGGGCUCAGCCUUCCUCACCCUCCUCUGGCCCCACGAGAUCAGCAAUGGGAAAUGGCUGCUCUACCCUCUGCACCUGGAACUGGCGGCUUCCCCGGGGCAGCGGGUGGCCUGCAGCCCCGCCGCCAACCCGCUGCGCCUGGCCCUGGUACCGCCGCCGGAGGGGGGCACGGGGAUGGAUCCAUGCCUGGGGGGGGGUCCUUGCCGCCCCCCCCUUCAUGCCCAUCCUUCCCCCCUCCAGGAGCCACCGGGGGAGGCUGACGGUGCUGAGGCACCCACUCCGGGGUCCUGGUGGGUGCCGGCACCUGCGGAGAGGAGGAAGAAUGUCACGCUGGACUGUGCCCAGGGCACCGCGCGCUGCCUGGCCUUCCGCUGCCCGCUGUACAGCUUCGAGCGCGCCGCCGUGCUGACGGCCCGCGGGCGUCUCUGGAACAGCACCUUCCUGGAGGAGUACCUGGCCGUCACCUCGGUGGAGCUGAUCGUGCGCGCCAGCGUCUCGGUGACCUCCUCCAUCAAGAACCUGGUGCUGAAGGAUGCCUCCACGCAGAUCCCCGUCUCCAUCUACCUGGACCCCGGGGCGGCGGUGGCCGGCGGCGUGCCGUGGUGGGUCAUCCUGCUGGCCGUGCUGGCCGGCAUCCUCGUCCUGGCCCUGCUCGUCUUCAUCCUCUGGAAGCUGGGCUUCUUCCGCCGGGCGCGCUACGCGCCGCCGGCCGUGCCGCAGUACCACGCCGUGAAGAUCCCGCGGGAGGAGCGGCAGCAGUUCCGCGAGGAGAAGACGGGCACCAUCCAGAGGAAGGAGUGGGCCGCCAACUUGAGCGAGGCCAACGACGGCCAUGUCGCCCCCAGCUCGGCGUAGACCCCCCCCAGGUCCCGGGGGACGGUGGCACGCGCACGGGACGCUGGACACGGGACCCUCCUUCGCGGCCCCAGGGAAGGACCCUCUGGCACCGCGUGUGGGGAGGCACACGCGUGUGCCGGCACACGCGGGGCUGCUCGCACAGGGACGGGGCUCGUCGGCCCCACGGGAAGGGCUGGACCCCACGGGGAGGGCUCGGCCCCACGGGGUCAGCUCGGCCCUGCAGCGAUGCUCGACCCAAUAAAAGAAGGAACAGCCCCUCCGCGGA